GAACUGAAGAGGAGGAAAUACCUCAGGCUUCGGCGGUAGACGACCCAGCAUUUCUGUUUACCCCAGAGAAGUCAGCGACGCAAAAGCUGUCGCGACAAUCUCCGGAAGAGAAAGAAGCAGAGUCAUUGAGCCAUACAAGCCCAGUACCUUCAAGUUCUAUGCCCACUAUUUCUGCGCAGGCAGAGGCGAAGAAAAAAGCAAGUUUACCGCGCCUACCACCAGUUCGUGCAGCUUCCGGGCUAUCUACAGAAAAAUCUACCUCUUUUCCGAUCCUCCCUGCACUCAAAGCGCACAAUCCGGCUCUGCAACCAAAGCUGUCUAUACAAACUAAAUUGAGGACGGAUAGUCCCGUAUCUGCAGGUGGCAUCUCCACGAAGCAACGUUUGGCGCAAGCGGCCUUACAAAUGACUACCCCUACCGAAAAGGUGGCCGAGGCAUCGCGGCCCCUGCCACCUCAGAAAGCAUCGUCUUUGAGUGGGAUGAACUUCAAAAAGAAUCGUGGACCCCCCGUAAAGGCAUCUCCAACGAUAACCACUGCAGAUCUAUUGCCAAAGAAUGUGCCGGUCUACUCUCCGCAAGAUAUGCCAUCUUCGUCUGUGCCAUCUUCGUCCAUCAGCACCGGUCGUCUAACUUCACGACAAUUUUCCCCCAAUAUUGGGAAUGAGCUUCCUCCCAGCCUUUCUCGUAAACGGACGGCAGAUUCUGGAGACCAAACUUCAUCUCAAAAGAUUGAUCAAACAGCAUCUACGAGAGUAGAUUCAAUUAUUCCUAUGGUUUCCCCGGCUACUCAAUUGUCUGAGGACAUUGAAACGGCCCAUCCUGUAGUGUCUGCCCCACUAUCACCGCCAAUGCUAAUAAGUACAAGUCUUGCACUGAAUGACGAAGCCGAGGAUUUCCUCCAGUCAGUUAUGUCUACUGCAAACAGGACUGCUAGAAUGGAAUCGCCACUUACACCCUCUAUUUCGCGGCGGACAUCUUCCACAGCGGAUUCAAUUUGGACUGGCAAAAUCAUGAUCAAUGUAGACGACAACAAUGAGGCUCAAACGAUUUCUAUAGAGGGCAUGCUCCUCCCAUCCGACCCUUCCGCCGGUCAAAUCGCACUGCAGCAAGGCGUGAUGCCGUUGAAAGUUGCCAUGUCAUACAACGACUCUAAGUUAUUAAUGAAGUCGAGAUCCUUUUACAGAUUAGAAGACUUGAAUGGCAUUGUAGCUGCUUGUAAUCCGGUACAGGAAUGGGGGUGGCUUGACGCCGAAACAGAACAAGGUGCCCGCAAUUUGGGGAAGGUGGCAGACUUCCUGUCGCACGAAAAAUUGGUCGGUUUUGUGCCUGUUAUAGUCGAGGGCAACGUCGUUGCAAUGACCUUGAUCUACCCUUCAACUCUUAAGCACGAUCGUCUUCCUCGCGUCAAGCCAUUCGGUCCAAAUCAGGUCGCACUUAUGGUUUCAUUAUAUUCCUGGAAUCUGAAAUCGGAAGAUUGUUCUCUAGAUAAAAUGCGGAAACACUUCACCACACAGCUGGACAGUGCAUGGUUGCGGAGGGAUUUCAGAUUACCGCAAGGGCUGUAUGAAGCGUACGGUGAACCUGGUAUCAAACCCUUUGAAGGACUUUCGGGCUGCAAGCCGACGGCAAAGCACGCCGUGAGGAUGCUGGAGCUUCCUGAGUUUAUACAUUCAUACUUGGUAUCUGGCGGCGAACGACCUUUCGCAUUUUGGCCUCCAGUUGAUUCAGAAGCGUUCUGCUUGUCACCUAUUCCCAGUAUAGAGAGGGAACUGCUAGUGGCGCUGUUGAAUGAGUAUCCUGCUACAAUUGACCGAGGUACCGUGGCUAAUAAGCAGGAUCUCUCUUUGAGAGUGAUCUUUGUGCAUGCCAAUUCUUUAAGAUUGGCUCCAAGCCAGGGAAAUAUCAGAGAUUUACCUAAUCUUUCGGGGUAUCGAGCAGGAAACGAUGUAAGGUUCAUUGCUUAUGGAUCUAGUGACAUUGUGAAUCCUCGUUUCCCGGACAUUAUGGAGGAGAUCUGGCAUAUAGGUAUGCGCCAACUCAUGGUGUCAAUUGCGAUAGCUGACACCGAUAUUCUAGGUGGAAUUACGACGUUCACCGCGAGCGCUCUUCUCUCCGAUCCUCUGGGGGUGAACGAACGGAUUCUACAGAUAGAGGAGCAUGAAUUCUGGGUGUGCUAUAUCCUCCCUGCUGUCAUCGGUAUGGCCGUCUCGGUUGCAUAUAGCGGUAGAGAGCACCUAAUUCAAAAGCGAAUCGCGUGCGAUGCACUUGAGCAUGGGGUCCAUCGCACUGAGGCCCAGAGUGUUAUGAUGGUUGUGGAUGAGGAUGGUGUUGAUGAAAUACCAUGCACAUGUGAUGGUUUUGCAUACGAAUGGCUUCUGGAUGCAAUAGACGAGGAGUUCGUCUCGGUGAUAGGAGCUCCGCCGUUGCAUAGUUCUGAUCCUAAUCUCGGGGGUCACGGAGCAAUUAUUCAUCCAGGCGUACCUAGGGACGGUCGACCUCGCGGAAAGGAGGAAUGGAAACAGCUUUCAGAUACACUGCAACACUCCUCAUCUUCCACUGCCUUCAAGAACACAGCUCCACCCCCUCAGGAGUUCCCUCCGUUCUCAGUGGAGGCUCAAUACAAUGAUCCAUUUGCAUCUUGGAUUUUACAGCUUUUCGACAGCGAUGUCCGCAGUCGUUCUCAAACGUUGGACUUCUGCGUUCAAGAGUUUAAGCGGAUUUGCGGUACUAUGCCACAGGAGGAGUGGGAAAAUGUGAUUAAGAAGGAAAUUACGGAGGAAUUAGGGCGCAUGCAAAUAAGCAGAGGUUUCAGGGAGGAGCUCAGACGAUUCGUCGUUGUCACUGGAAGUGAAGACAAAGAUAUUCAAACUGAUCAAGGCGGUUUCGAAUGGGUUACACCAGCAUCGUUCAAAUUUCACGACGUUACCGAUAAUGACCUGAAUGCUUUCAUUGGACUAUAAUCUUGUAUCAUUCGUACCACUAUUAUCUAGUAUUGAAGUGGUUCUUGAACCAGUAUCGAAGUUAAACCUGAUCAU